CACGUGAGCCGGCUGCGGGGCUCGGCACCGUCAUGGUGGCCCCGAUGUGUGGCUCCCCGGGCGGCCGCCCGGCCAGGGCACUGACGCGGGCACUGGCGCUGGCCCCGGCGCUGGCCCUGCUGGUCGGGCUGUUCCUCAGUAGCCUGGCGGGCGCGAUCCCGCCCCCGGAAGACAACUGGGGGCGCAACGGGUCGUUCCCGCCCGUCUCGCGCUGCCGCUCGGUGCUGCUGGACUCCGAGACCGGGCAGCUGCGCCUGGUGGACGGCCGCCACCCCGACGCGGUGGCCUGGGCCAACCUCUCCAACGCCAUCCACGAGACCGGGUGGGCCUUCCUGGAGGUGCACACCAGCGGCCACUGCAAUGACAGCCUGCAGGCAUAUGCGGCGGGUGUGGUGGAGGCCGCCGUGUCCCAGGAGCUCAUUUACAUGCACUGGAUGAACACGGUGGUGAACUAUUGCGGCCCCUUCGAGUAUGAGGUUGGUUACUGCGAGAAGCUCAAGAGCUUCCUGGAGAUCAAUCUGGACUGGAUGCAGAAGAUGAUGCAGACGGGCGAGGACACUUCCUACUGGCACCAGGUACGACUGACGCUGCUACAGCUGAAGGGCCUGGAGGACAGCUAUGAAGGGACCAUAGCCUUCCCCACUGGGAGCUUCACUGUCAAGCCCCUGGGCUUCCUCCUGCUGCAGCUCUCCGGGGACCUGGAGGACCUGGAGCCGGCGCUGAACAAGACCAAGACCAAGCGCGUGCUGGGCUCGGGCUCCUGCUCCGCCCUCAUUAAGCUGCUGCCCGGCCACAGCGACCUGCUGGUGGCCCACAACACCUGGAACUCCUACCGCCACAUGCUGCGCAUCAUCAAGAAGUACUGGUUCCACUUCCAGGAAGGCCCCCAAGAUGACUCCCCCCUGGUGGUUGGCAACAAGCAGACCUUCUCAUCCUACCCCGGCACCAUCUUCUCCUGUGACGACUUCUACAUCCUGGGCAGCGGCCUGGUGACGCUGGAGACUACGAUUGGCAACAGAAACCCCGAUCUUUGGAAGUAUGUGCGGCCCAAGGGCUGCGUGCUCGAGUGGGUGCGAAGCCUUGUGGCAAAUCGCCUGGCCAUCGAUGGGGCCUCCUGGGCCGACGUCUUCAAGAAGUUCAACAGCGGCACGUACAACAACCAGUGGAUGGUCGUGGACUACAAGGCCUUCAUCCCCAGGCAGCCCAACCCCGGGAGCAGGGUGCUCACGGUCCUGGAGCAGAUCCCGGGCAUGGUGGUGGUGGCGGACAAGACCACAGAGCUGUACCAGAAGACCUACUGGGCCAGCUACAACAUCCCGUACUUCCAGGUGGUGUUCAAUGUCAGCGGGCUGCCCAGCCUGGUGGCACGCUACGGGGACUGGUUCUCCUAUGACAGGAACCCACGGGCCCAGAUCUUCCAGCGGGACCACUCACUGGUACAUGACGUGGACUCCAUGCUGCGGCUGCUGAGGUACAACAACUACCUGCAUGACCCACUGUCACUGUGCCAGAGCUGCCAGCCAAAGCCCAACGCCGAGAAUGCCAUCUCCGCACGCUCUGACCUCAACCCCGCCAACGGCUCCUACCCGUUCCAGGCCCUGCAGCAGCGUUCUCAUGGGGGAAUCGAUGCCAAGGUCACCAAUGUGUCACUGGUUCGGGCCCUGGGCCUGCUGGCUGUCAGUGGCCCCACGUGGGACCAGCUGCCGCCCUUCCAGUGGAGCACCUCGCCCUUCAGCGGCCUUCUGCACAUGGGCCAGCCUGACCUCUGGAAGUUCCUGCCCGUGGAGGUCUGGUGGCAGUGAGCCCCCCAGCGUCCUCAGACUUGCCUGCUAGGGGCACCUAGUUGGGGGUGGAGCAGGGGGCUCAGAACUGAUGGGUGCUCCCCUUAAUGGGGGAGUGCUCCCAACUCCCUCUGCCGCCCCUCCUCCAUUGCCCUGCUGCCCUGAAGCUUGUUCUUUCUGUUCCCCUCCAGCACUCCCCUUAUGCUGCCCCCUCUUGAGGCCUGGGGUGCCCCUGGGGUCAGGUUCUGGGCCCCAGUGAGCUAGGAGGGGCUUCUCCGCCUCCUCCCUCCCAGGCUAUACUCUUGGAUGGCUGGGCAGAGCACUGCGCCUGGAGGUCAGCCCCCACCCCAGACAAGCACUUCCACCUGCUGCCUCCACUCCCUCCGCUCCCUCAGGAAGCACCUCCCCACCCCCAUUCUCCUCCUGGGCAGCUUCCCCAAGGACAGAAGCUUGAGAAAUGAACAAAAACCAAAGUUUCUGGCAACUUGUGUUUGGGGGUGCUGGAGUGUCCCUCUCCCCGUGCUCUAGCCUCCUGCCUACCCACCCAGGCCUGCCCCUGGCCUCGGGCAGUGCCCGACUCCCUGCUGUGGGAGGGAGCUGCUGGCUGGGCCGCCAUUAAACUAGAGCCUGUGA